AUGGCAGCCGCACUGAAUCGGUUUAUUAGCAAAUCCUCGGAUCGGAUGAAGCCCUUCUUUCAGCUUUUGAGAAAAAAAGCGGCAUUUGAAUGGAGUAGCGAAUAUACUGAAGCACUGCAGAGUCUCAAAAGAUACCUCAGUACACCUCCUCUGCUGUCCACUCCAGAGUCGGGAGAAGAGUUGUACCUCUAUCUAGCAGUCUCAAAUCAUACCGUGAGUACAGUGUUAAUUCGAGAAGUUGACAAGGAACAGAGGCCCGUCUAUUAUGUCAGCAAGACUUUACUAGAUGCCGAGACACGGUAUCUAGCAUUGGAGAAAUUAGCAUAUGCGUUGCUUAUCACCUCAAGAAAGCUGCAACAUUACUUCCAGGGGCAUACUAUAAACGUCCUCACUGAAUUCUCCCUCAGAUCUGUGUUCAGCCGAGCCAAUUUCUCUGGCCGAAUAGCAAAAUGGGCGGUAGAACUUGGUGAGUUUGACAUUUGGUAUCAACCCAGGACGGCGAUCAAGGCCCAGGUCUUAGUGGAUUUUGUCGCAGAAUUUAUUCCCACCCAAAGCAACAAAUCGGGGGAUCCGCGUUCGGUACAGAUGCCAUGCACCAUCGAACAAGGAAAACCCUGUGCUUCGGAAGCCUGGAAACUCUUUAUUGGAAACAUUUGGCAACUCUAUGUUGAUGGAUCAUCCAAUAACCGAGGCUCGGGGGCAGGAGUGGUACUUAUUUCACCAGAAGGGUUUAUCUGGGAACAGGCUCUCAGACUCAGUUGGAAGGCUUCAAACAACGAGGCCGAGUACGAAGCGUUAUUGGCUGGCUUAUGUAGCACCGAACACUUCAGUGCAGAACAACUUCUUGUUUUCAGCGAUUCACAACUAGUGGUCAACCAGCUUUCUGGGGUCUAUGAAACACGAGAAGAAAGAAUGGCUAUGUACGCAGGCAAGGCCAAGGACCUGCUUAGAAAAUUUCAAUCCAUACAAGUAGAACGAAUCAGUCGGGACAAAAACAGCCACGUUGAUGCUCUGGCAUGCCUCGACUCAUCAGUGGAUACAAAGGAUACCAGAAAAGUUUGGGUUGAGUUUGUACCAGAACCGCGUAUUGCGUCUCUAGUCCUCUGCAACAACUUAGAGCCGAGCUGGAUGGAUCCGAUAUUUGUUUUUCUGAAAUCUGGUACACUCCCCGAAGACAAAAGGGAAGCCAACAAGGUUAGACAUAAGUUAGCUCGAUUCUGGAUCUCACCAUCUGGGAAGCUAUAUAGACGCUCUUACCUUGGCCCCUACCUCCUAUGUGUGCAUCCAAACCUCGUCGAGAAUGUUCUCUACGAAAUUCACGAUGGGAUUUGUGGAUGCCACGUUGGUGGAAGGUCACUGGCAUACCGAGCCCUCACUCACGGGUACUGGUGGCCACGGAUGCAACAAGAUGCGCAGCAGUAUGUACAGAUGUGUGACAAAUGUCAGAAGUUUGCUCCACUCAUUCAUCAGCCAGCCAAAACUCUCACUCCACUCACCAGCCUAUGGCCCUUUGCGCAAUGGGGCCUGGAUAUUGUCGGACCAUUGGCGCGAGGCACUGGGAACAGGCGAUUCUUCAUUGCCGCAACCGAUUAUUUCACUAAGUGGGUUGAAGUUGAGGCGCUGACAAGUAUCAAAGAGAUGGACACGAAGCGGUUUGUUUUGAGGAAUGUGGUGGUGCGUUUUGGCAUUCCGCGGGUCAUUCCACGGGUACUGAUUGCGGAUAAUGGAACACAGUUCGAUGGUAAGGUCUUCAGAAAGUUUUGUGCCGACCUCAGAAUUGAGUAUAGGAAUUCUUCUCCAGGGUACCCACAGAGCAAUGGACAGGCAGAAGCAUCAAACAAAACUAUCAUCAACGGAGUGAAGAAGCGGCUUGAACAUGCAAAAGGCAAAUGGGUUGAAGAGUUACCUUACGUAUUAUGGGCCUACCGAACCACAGCACGGCGCUCGACGAGAGAAACACCCUACUCUCUAACUUAUGGAAUGGAGGCCAUCAUCCCACUCGAAGUAGGUCUUCCAACCCUUCGGUCUGAAUUAUUUGAAAGCUCCAGUAACGAGGAAGCUAUUGCGCAAGCAUUGGAUAUGGCAGGGGGCCGAAGAGAGGCAGUGCUGAUCAGACUUGAAGUGUAUCAGCAGCAGCUCAUCAGAAUUGCUAUUGGAAAUGGCACUUACUACCUAGAGGAUCUGAAUGGUAAAGCUAUACCUCGACCUUGGAACGUAGCAAACCUCAAGAAAUACUAUCAAUAG